AUUAUGAAAUACAAUAAUGCCAAUAAUCAAUCUGGAAUUGUCAAAGACCGCCGAUAUAAGUUUCAUUUGUUUUAAAAUUACCAAUUUGUGUUUUGUCGGAGCCUUGACGUUGGUAUGACCCAUGUGACUUACUGUGACGGAUCAAUUACUCGACUUAAAAUUUGCCGUUUGCAAGAGGCUUAUUACUUAUGACUUCACCAAAUAUUCUCGUCUUUGUUAUUUCCUAAUGCAAAUAUAAUGCAAAUUGUGAAGUCAAGCGUAAGUACAACAUUACAAGAAUAAUAUAAUACAAGAAAGUACUUCGAUAGCGUGAAUGCUAGAAAUGGCUAAUAUAGUCUACGUGCAAAAAUUUCGCUUUUUAAUUCUUGUAUGGAGUGCAAUGGAAAUUUUACUGUUUUCGGGGAUAGUUUACGGAUGGGCAUCUUUAGUUGUUGUCUUGAAACAAGAAGGCUUUUUCUAUGACUUAUGCGAAAGAGUAAAGGAAAGAAAACAAAACUCGACAUCACUUCAGGAUAAUCUGUCGUGCACGCAACAAGACGAACGACUAAAUUUAGUAUUUUUGUCUGGCAUCAUCUCUUUCUCGGGGAGUGGCCUCUUUCUCGGAGCAUUCCUCGAUCGUUUUGGACUUAGGAAGACACGACUUAUGGCAUGCGCUUUGAUCUUCCUUUCUUCGUUGUUCUUUGUUGCUGUUAGUAAAGAGAGAUCCUACUUACUUUUUCCUGGGGUAGUGACGUUGUCAGCUUCAGGGAUAGCUCUCCUGUUAUCCGUAUUUCAGAUCGCUAAUUUGUUCGAUGGAUGGACGUCAUCUGUGAUAAGUCUUUACAAUGGAAGUGUUGAUUCAUCUGCCAUUGUGUUGCUGUUUUUCAAGUUGGUCUAUGACAGUGGUAUUUCUUUACGAUCUGUGUUCAUAUUCUACUUCACGUUUGCAACUAUUACCAUUUUCAUAUUUACGUUCCUCCUUCCUCCGAACGUCGUCACCUUAACUCGCAAAGCUGUUGAUGGCAACGAGGAUUUUUCUCUCGUGACGAAAGAGUGUCGGGAAUUUUCGACAGCUCUUGAGGUUUCAGAGAAUGACUUUAAUGGGGCCAACAAUGAAAUGAUAAUGAAGAGUGAUUCCUCUAUCGAACAGUCUAGAACUGAUUGCAUCGAAACCCGUGAUGCUCAUAAACUUUCGCUGUUAUCCUCUGAAAGUAACGAAGGAAAAUCGACUGAAGGAAGCACAUCAAAAGCUCGUUUGAUCAAUUUAAUGAGGAGAACUGAUUAUUGGUUGAUUACUUUAUUCCUUAUGAUCGUCAAUUUACGUCUUUGGUUCUAUGUUGGCAGUUUGAAUUCAUAUUUGGAAUUUAUGUCGGACAACAAUGAAGACACAGUGAGUCAUUACACAAACUGGUUUGGGAUCAUUCAGUUUGCUGGCUUGUUGUUUGCUCCCUUUGUUGGUUUUGUCAUGGAUUGGAAGCCCAAAAGCAAGAGGAAUAUGGUGACAGAUCUUGGCUAUGUUGCUGCUUUUACGCUGAUUUUGGUCAUUGCCUGUAUCUUCAAUGUUCUUGUUCUAGUGCCCAGUCUUCCCAUACAGUUUGCGUCAUUUGUCGUUUGUGUGGUGUUGCGAGCCUUCAUUUACGCUUCGUUUGCUGCUUUCCUGGUACACAAAUUUCCACUGUCACAUUUCGGCAAACUUUUUGGUGCAACUCAUCUGAUAUCGGCCACCGUUACUGGUUCAAUUCAGCAUGGACUAUUCGUCAUUACGGAAGACAUACUUGACAAAGAUCCAUUUUGGGUCAAUGUCGGUCUUUUGGUGUUGUCGCUUUUUCUCGUUGUCUUACCAGCUUACCUUUGGUUGGCGGAAAAACGAAAUGAGAAGACAUGUGAUGAGCGACCUUCCUUUUAAUCAUACUUUUAAUGGAAGGAGAAGCAGUGUGGUUAGACUGAGAAGAAAAAGUAUAGUUAGAGAGAGAAAGAGAUUAAACUAAAACACUUUUGUACAUCGUUUAUGAAUGCGGUCAAAAACUGUUUGAAAAUUAGUUUUUACGUAGUCUUAGUACUUUGAAAAAUUAAUUUAUUUGUAAUUUUGAUGUCAUUUUACAGUUAUUCAAAUUAUUUGCCAUAA